ACCGCUAGAUCCGCUGCUGCUGCCGCGGCGGACGGACCUGCAGGAGGCGGCGGCGGCGGCGGCGGCGGCGGCCGAGGCCGAGGGAAGAUGGCGGACGGUGUGGACCACAUAGACAUUUACGCGGAUGUGGGCGAAGAGUUCAACCAGGAAGCUGAAUAUGGUGGGCAUGAUCAGAUAGAUUUGUAUGAUGAUGUCAUCUCUCCAUCUGCAAAUAAUGGAGAUGCCCCAGAAGACCGGGACUACAUGGAUACUCUCCCACCAACUGUUGGUGAUGAUGUGGGUAAAGGAGCAGCACCAAAUGUUGUCUAUACGUAUACUGGAAAGAGAAUUGCAUUGUAUAUUGGAAAUCUAACAUGGUGGACAACAGAUGAAGACUUAACUGAAGCAGUUCAUUCUUUGGGAGUAAAUGAUAUUUUGGAGAUAAAAUUUUUUGAAAAUCGGGCAAAUGGCCAGUCAAAGGGGUUUGCCCUUGUUGGUGUUGGAUCUGAAGCAUCCUCAAAAAAGUUAAUGGAUCUGUUGCCUAAAAGAGAACUUCAUGGUCAGAAUCCUGUUGUAACUCCAUGCAAUAAACAGUUCCUGAGUCAGUUUGAAAUGCAGUCCAGGAAAACUACGCAAUCAGGACAAAUGUCUGGGGAAGGUAAAGCUGGUCCUCCAGGAGGCAGUUCACGUGCAGCAUUUCCACAAGGUGGUAGAGGACGGGGCCGUUUUCCAGGGGCUGUUCCUGGUGGGGACAGAUUUCCUGGGCCAGCAGGACCAGGAGGGCCACCUCCACCUUUUCCAGGAAAUUUGAUCAAGCAUCUUGUUAAAGGAACUCGGCCUUUGUUCCUGGAAACUAGGAUUCCAUGGCAUAUGGGGCACAGCAUAGAGGAAAUACCCAUUUUUGGCCUAAAAGCUGGACAGACUCCACCACGUCCACCCUUAGGUCCUCCAGGCCCACCCGGUCCACCAGGUCCUCCACCUCCUGGUCAGGUUCUGCCUCUUCCUUUAGCAGGGCCUCCCAAUCGAGGAGAUCGCCCUCCACCACCAGUUCUUUUUCCUGGACAACCUUUUGGGCAGCCUCCGUUGGGUCCGCUUCCUCCUGGUCCUCCACCUCCAGUUCCAGGCUACGGCCCCCCUCCUGGUCCACCACCUCCACAACAGGGACCACCUCCACCUCCAGGCCCCUUUCCACCUCGCCCACCUGGCCCUCUUGGGCCACCCCUUACACUUGCUCCUCCUCCGCAUCUUCCUGGACCACCUCCAGGUGCCCCACCACCAGCUCCACAUGUGAACCCGGCUUUUUUUCCUCCACCAACUAACAGCGGCAUGCCUACAUCAGAUAGCCGAGGUCCACCACCAACAGAUCCAUAUGGCCGGCCUCCGCCAUAUGAUAGGGGUGACUAUGGGCCUCCUGGAAGGGAAAUGGAUACUGCAAGAACGCCAUUGAGUGAAGCUGAGUUUGAAGAAAUCAUGAAUAGAAAUAGGGCAAUCUCAAGCAGUGCUAUUUCAAGAGCUGUGUCUGAUGCCAGUGCUGGUGAUUAUGGGAGUGCUAUUGAGACACUGGUAACUGCAAUUUCUUUAAUUAAGCAAUCCAAAGUAUCCGCUGAUGAUCGUUGCAAAGUUCUUAUUAGCUCUUUGCAAGAUUGCCUUCAUGGAAUUGAAUCCAAAUCUUACGGUUCUGGAUCAAGAAGACGUGAACGAUCAAGAGAAAGGGACCAUAGUAGAUCACGAGAAAAGAGUCGGCGUCAUAAAUCCCGUAGUAGAGAUCGUCAUGAUGAUUAUUACAGAGAGAGAAGCAGAGAACGAGAGAGACACCGGGACCGGGACCGGGACCGGGACCGAGAGCGUGACCGAGAGCGCGAGUAUCGUCAUCGUUAGAAGCUGAAGGAAGAGGAACACCUUCCAAGACAAAACAGUCUUCAUGGGGGAAAAAUGACGCUUGUCCAGCAGUUUGCUUCUUGUGAUUGAACUGAACCUGUAAGGAUUCAUGGAUAAAAUGAACAGGAAUAGAUCUGAAUAAAGCAAAUCUGCAUAAAUGGUAACCAGUAGCUCUACUUUUAUUUUUUAUGUUGCUUAACUGUUUUAUUUGAAGGAAACCAGUGUGAUUUAAAAAGUUAUAGCUUUUGCAACUUUAUUACUGGUUAUUUACAUUUGGCCAUUAUAAUGUGCAAGCAAUUGGAAAAAAAAAGUCAAGUAAAUGCUUGUUUUAUAGUAGUUUGUUCUUGUUAAAAAUGUUCAUAUGAUAAUGUCUGUAAACAGCACCACUUUGAUUACAGUAGAUGUAGUGUUGUAAUAAACUGUUUAAUGGGG